AUGCCGCGCAAGCGACAGAAGCGGGGGUGGGAGGGCGGAGACGGAGGCCGCGACGGCGACGAUGACAGAGAGGAAGGCAGCGUACCAGGCAGCGGAGGAGGCUCACCGCCACAGCCGGCCGCUUCCUCCUCCGCGCAGGCGCUGAAGCGGCUGUACCGCUUGCCGUCCGACCUUGGGAUUAGGGGCUGUAGUUGCAGUUGCAGCCAUCACCAGGGACAGGGGCUCCCCACUGGCUGUGCCUGUGUGCAAGCGGUCAAGACAAGAAUCAACGCUGCUAUUAGCCGGUUUAUGGAAGAGGUGGCACAAGUACUUACAAGCCCCUGGAACCUUUCUCCUAAUCCACAAGAGAGAAUUGAACAGAAUCUGCCUCCAACCUACAAACUCACCUUCGUGAAUUCCAUGAGCGACAAAAUUUUUACAAAGAGGGAGGUCCGGGCAGCGGGUGGGGGUCACCUCAUGAUAAAAUUGGCUGUAAGCAAUCAGCAAGGUAGCAACAUUCCCCAGCUUCUCUCGGCCAAUGUCAAGGUUUUGGUUCUGGAUGGUGACUUCAAUGCGGACAAUCGUGAGUGCUGGACAUCCGAGGAGUUUGAACACCAUAUAAUGAUCCCACGGGACAAAAUUGGGGCGGUGCUUACAGGGAAGCUGAAAUUGAAACUGAAAAAUGGUGAGGCCUACCUCGAAAACAUUAUUUUUGUUGAUAACUCCAAGUUCACAAGGAGUGGCAAGUUUAGGCUUGGGGUAAUGCUUAUUGAUAAUCAUGGUGAAAGAGUUCAAGAAGCUAUAACUGAACCUUUCACAGUGAAGGACCGCCGAGGGGAAGGAUACAAAAAAUGUGAUAUUCCAACACUGGAUGAUGAAGUAUGGCGCCUGGACAAGAUUGCAAAAAAGGGUCCCUUCUGUAAGUCAUUGGAGCAGAGAGGCAUUACUUUGGUGAAGCACUUCCUGAGGCUGUAUUAUAUGGAUGAGAAAACACUGCGCAAUAAAAAGAUGGUUAAUCAUGCUAAGAAGUGUGAUCCUGGCACAGCCCUUUACUCUCACUUUAUGGAAGACAAGAAAAUUAGGCUGUACUUCACUUGUGUGGGUCAGAUUGUAGGAGCAACAAUAGCUGACCAGUAUCAUGUUUAUGAUGAUCUUGAUACAAUUUGGAAGGACCAAGUGAAAAAGUGGAGUAAGGAUGCAUAUGAAUGUAUGGACUAUCAUCAACAUGAUUAUGAAAUGUAUAAUAGACAACCAAGAGCAAUUAACUCCACUACUCUCCAGGGAUCAAUCAUGUCACCAACUAAGCCUACUGGUCAAAUUAUUCAUGAAACUGAUGAACAAGAUACUUCAGAGGUGAACCGAGUUUUUGGUGUAUGCUCCCAGCAGUUUCCACUCCAGAGGAUUGGGUCCAGGAGAGUAAGGGCGUUACCUUGUGCACAAGAAAACAAUGAAACUGGUGCAUCUUUUGGCAUUGCCGGGCAGCUGGAUUCUGAUGAUGAAAUCCAGCAUGAAACUUCAGACCUAAAUUGUAUUACAGAUUAUCCAGUUUGCUGUACAGAGCAGGGGGGACCUUCUCAGUGCCCAUUUCCUCCCUCUCUAACCGUGCCAGCUGAUUGUCCUGGUUUCUCAUUGCAACAUAGCUUCAGCGAGAGUGACCUCCACGAGAUAAUGAAGAUGUUGGAGCCAGAUGAGCCACACGAAGAACUGCUCAUCAAUAAGAUCUCUCAGUUUUCCACUGCCAAUUUGAGCGACAUGCCAGCUGAUGUUCGCUGCUUCAUGGUGAAGCUGCUCUCCUUCCCCAGGUGGAUAAAAUUGGCUGCUCCUGUGAAGUGGAUGGCUAUAAUGUCUUCAUCUAAGAAAAUAAGGGCUGCAAAGGGCAAGGCUCAUGCUUGA